AUGGCAUCUGUAUACAACGACUCCCAAUCCUCCAUCCAGAACAUGCCAACAUCAUCACAGACUAGCCCAUCCACAAUACCAUCAGCACAGGGCGCAGGGGGGCUAGUAGGUGCCACCGGUAUCGCGCCAGGAACCACAACCACACAAGAGCCACCAUCAUCAUCAACAUCAACGUCUGCGCUGUCAACAGCAGCAGCAGCAGUAGGUGGUGGUGGAAGUGCACAACCGGAUCCUACAGAGUUGGCAGCUGCAGAGACGGAAAGACAUCGGGAGGCUUUGGAGAAGAAGCUGCAGGAGUUGAUUCAGAGUCUGUUGGAGCUCAGUAUCACCGUCUACGAUUUCCAGGCUGAGAGUAACUCUCUUGUUCACCAGAAAAUUCAGGAACUUACGAAGCAGUUGGGCGAGAUUGAGGCAUUCAAGGAUCAGCUGGAUGUAAUGGUGCCUUGGGAGGUCUUGAGCUACAUUGAGGAUGGAAAGAACCCGGAUCUGUUUUCAAAGACGUUUGUGGAGGCCGUCGCGGGAGAGAACCAGUUCACCAACGGAAAAGUCACAUCCAUGAAGGCAAGUCUCUCUUCGCUUAGCUUCGAAGCGGCGUUGGCACAGAACUUGGGCGACGCAUUCCCAGAGGACAUGGCAGACUACAACCAGAUACUCCAGGAAGUGAGCUCAAAGUCUGGACAGAGUGCAGCAUCGCAAUAA